CCGGCCCGGGCAGGGGCAGCAGCGCCGGGGGCGGCGGCGCCGGGCAGGGAGCGGUGCCGGCCUGGCGCGGGCGCAUCGCCCCCCCCCGCAUCGCCGGGGGCCGGCCGACCCCCAGCCAGCGAGGCCGGCUGCCACCGAGGCCCCCGUCCCCGGUCCCCGGUCCCCAUGGCGGCACCGUCCUGCCCGGCCCUCCUGGCCACCUGCCUGGCACUGCAGCUGGCCACAGCAGCCCGGGGUGACGGGUGCAGCGGCUUCGGGAACCUGUUCACGGAGAUCGCGGAGAACAGCGCCCACGGGAGCCUGGUGGCCCGGCUGCCGGCGGCGGGGGACGCGGGCAGCGCCGGGCUCCAGCUCUGCCUGGCCGGCGCCGACGCCGCUUGGUUCUACCUGGACGGCCGCAGCGUGCGGCUCAACGUCUCGGCCGGGCGGGCCCUGGACCGCGAGGAGCUGGAGUCCCCAGUGCUGAUGGUGGCCCUGACGUGCACCGAGGACGGCUUCUCCCCGGUCGAGUACCGGAUCAUCGUCCAGGUCCUGAACGAGAACGACAACCGGCCCCACUUCCAGGGGGCCACCGUCCUCACCCACAACGUCAGCGAGCUGGCGGCGGUGCACUCGGUGGUGUUCAGCACACAGGCGGAGGACGCGGACGGGGACACGCUGAUGUACGUCAUCGACACGGCCUCGCCCGACGCCAGGUUCUUCCGCAUCGACCUGCCCAACAGCGGGAAGGUGGUGCUGGCGCGCGCCCUCGACUUCGAGAGCAGGCAGCACCUGGAGGUGGUGGUCACCGCCGUGGAGAUGAACACCAAGGAGCGGUUCAACGCCUCCGCCCGCGUCCGGGUGAACGUGCUGGACGGGGAUGACCAGUACCCCCAGUUCCUGCCCUGCACCCCCCGCACCCACCACGGCCUCACCAUCUGCACCAGCCCCAUCUACACCGCCAAUGUCACCGAGGGCCAGCUCCAGGGGGGUCCCCUGAGCUUCAGCCCCGGCUCCGUCUACGCCGAGGAUGGGGACAGGGGCUUGAGGGCGGCCAUCACCUAUUCCCUGCUGGCAGGCCGGGAGAGCGGCCGCUUCCACAUCGACAACAUGACGGGGGCCAUCACGCUGCUGCGGGCUGUGGAGAGCAGCCGGAGCACCCCCGCCAUCAGCCUCAGCGUCAUGGCCUCGCAGGUGAACGACGCCAACAAGUACGCGGUGACGCAGGCGGUGGUGCGGGUGCUGGCCGCCAACCGGCACCCGCCGCGCUUCGCCCACCCGACGUACCGAGCCUUCGUCCCCGCCGGCGCCCGCGAGGCCGCCCUCCUCCUCACCUUCGGCGGCCACGUGCUGGCCCUGCGCGCCCACGACCCCGAUUUCCCCGAGGGAGUGAACCCCCAGGUGCGGUACAGCCUGCGCCCCGGUGCCAACCACAGCCAGCUCUUCCAGGUGAUGCCCAACGGGCUACUGGUGGCCCGCGCGGACCGCCUGCGCCCUGCCCAGACCUACCGCCUGCAGGUGCUGGCGAGGGACGAGGAGUCGGGGGAGACCUCGAACACCACAGUGGAGCUGGAGGUGCUGUGGCCGGGGCAGGCGGCCCCCCGGGACCCCUCGGAGGUGGGGCCAGGCCGGAGCCCCCUGAAUAUGGGGGUGCUGGCGGGGGGGCUGGGGGCCCUGCUGCUCCUCACCGCCGCCAUCCUCUUCCUCAUCAUGAGGGCGAUGAAGAAACGCCAGCGGCAGCAGGAGACAGCCGACCGGGCGGCACUGGCUAUCGAGAAACACCCCAACGUGAGCCUGAGGUGGUUCCAGCCGGUCCCUGCCAGCAAGUCAUCCCCGAGCCCCUCCAGCCUCUACUACCCCAACGAGGGGUACAGCGAGGGGGGCGAGGCCCCCCCCCCCCCGCCACCCCCCCCCACCCCCGGCCCCCCAGCCCCCCCCCGCCCCCAAACCUCAGGCCAACUCAGUGGGGCGGCCGGGGGGAUCCCCGGGGGGGUCCCCGGAGGGGUCCCCGCCCCCCCCGCCGGCCAGCCCCAUCCCCCCCCGCCCCCCCAGCCCGGCCGAGGCUUCGGGGGGGGGACAGGGAGGGGGGGGGGCAGCCCCGGCUCGGGGGGGCGGAGGGGGGGCCCUCCGGGGGGGGCUGCCGGCGCUGGAGGAGGUGAGCGAGGAGAGCCUGGAAGAGGGGGCGGGGGGGGACCCCAGGGUGCCCCCCACCCUGCUGCAGCUGCUGGAGGACUCCAUCGAGUGCUGAGGGGGGGGGCGCUGGGGGGGGGUCGGGGGGCGCGGGACGGCUUCGGUGCGGCUGCUGUCGGGAUGGCACCAAUAAAGACCCGGAGCGGCAGCGGGGGCUCCCUGGGGGGCUCGGAGAGGGGCCGGCAGUGCGCGUCGCCCCCCGUCCAAACCUCCCCUUGCCCCCACCCCCCCCCUCCGUGCCUCAGUUUCCCCCGUGCCGUGGGCGGGCCCCCACGGCGGUGGGUGGAGCCGAGGGGGAGGGGCCGACCCCUCCCACGCCCACCCGAGGAAGGAGCAACCGGAGCGGCCGGGGCCCCGGCGGCCCACGCCGGCAGCGGCACCCACGACCCCGGGCACCCCACGGGCACCCCACGGGACUCGGCACCCCCGGGGUACCCCCUCCCCCCUCGUCCCCCCCCUUCCCCUUCCUCCCCUUCCCCCCCCUACCCCACGGGUGCCCUCCACCCCUCCCACUCCAUGGAGGCCCCCCCCGACCCUCCGGCGCGGUCCCCCACGGAUGUCGGGGUCCCCCACGCGGGACACGGUCACGAGACGGCGGCGCAGCGCUGCAGCGCCCGGCUGCUGCGGGCCGGGCAGGAGGGCAGGUAG